CAGCGACAAAGAACCCAGUCUUUAGUUACGAAAUUAUUCAACACAUAUCCGAAAUAUGGCAUUCAAGUUUGUAUUCGCACUCGCUUUCGUUGCUGUUGCCAGCGCAGGUUACGCACCGGUAUACCACGCAGCACCAGCCUCUGUUGCAUACCAUGCCGCACCUGUUGCCGUCGCUCAAAAGGUUGUGGUCAAAUCGGAGGAAUACGAUCCUCAUCCACAAUACAAAUUCUCUUAUGGCGUUGAUGACAAACUGACUGGUGAUUCCAAGAGCCAAGUGGAGGAACGUGAUGGUGACGUAGUGCGUGGUGAAUACUCGCUCAUCGAUGCUGAUGGAUACAAACGUACCGUCCAAUAUACUUCGGAUUCAGUGAACGGUUUCAAUGCUGUCGUAAAUCGUGAACCACUUGUGAAGGCUGUUGCUGUCGCUCCAGUUGCUCACUACGCCGCUCCAGUUGUUCACCAUGCCGCUCCAACUGUGCUAAAGACUGUUGCCCCAGUUGCUCACUAUGCCGCUCCUGUAGCUCACUACAGUGCCCCUGUAGCUCAUUACUCUGCUCCAGCCGCACAUUACACAUCGUAUGCCGCACCAGCCGUAUUAAAGUACCACCAUUAAAAACUGGAACCAUUAUGAAUAUUUAUCUAAAUGAAUGAACGAUUGUAUAAAAUACUUUAGACGAUGUUAUUCUUAUUUAUAUGUUACGAAUAUAUAAUAUUAUAUUUUGAAAUUAAAGAGAAAAC